AUGAACACCAACGUGUGCGUGGAGACGGGGCCCAACCCCGAGGCGCCCGGGCUGCCCAAGGAGAACCACCUGCCCGACGGCGCCCUCAACAGCCUUGUGGAUUACAACUCGGAGAUGGAGAGGUACCGCUCCUUCGCCACCUUCUACAAGACCAACGGCGGGGCCUUCCCGCAGGCGGCCAAGAUCGCGCGCAUCACCACCCCCAUCUUCCCCAGCGCCGCCGCCGCCGCCGCGGCCCGCAUCGGCAUGUCCCCCUGGAACUGCGACAGCGCCACGGCCGCCGCCGCCACCGCCAUGCUGUGGGGCAGCGGCGCGGGCGGCGGGGGCGCGGGCGUCGGCGGGCCCAACCCGGUGGCGGCCGCGGGCGGCGGGGUGGCCCGCAAAGCCGCGGCGGCGGCCGCCGACGCCCGCGCCCUACAGCCUGGCGGUGGCGGCGGCGGCCGUGGCGCUGUCGCAGUUCCAGGGGGGAGCGGCGGCGGCGGCGGCGGCGGCGGCGGCCUGCACCAUCGGAACGAGUCCCAGCGGCUGGGCAAGCCUGGCUGCGCGCCAGCCGAGCAGCCCUCGUUGCAAAUGGCAAAUAAUAAUUUCCUCUCCACCUUGGCCCCCGAACACUGCAGACCUUUGGCUGGGGAAUGCAUGAACAAGCUCAAAUGCGGCGCUGCUGAAGCAGAGAUAAUGAAUCUCCCCGAGCGCGUGGGGACUUUUUCCGCUAUCCCGGCUUUAGGGGGCAUCUCAUUACCUCCCGGGGUCAUCGUCAUGACAGCCCUUCACUCCCCCGCAGCAGCCUCAGCAGCCGUCACAGACAGUGCGUUUCAAAUUGCCAAUCUGGCAGACUGCCCGCAGAGCCAUUCCUCCUCCUCGUCCUCCUCCUCGGGCGGAGGAGGGGCCGGCAACCCCGCCAAGAAGAAGAGGAAAAGGUGCGGGGUCUGCGUGCCCUGCAAGAGGCUCAUCAACUGUGGCGUCUGCAGCAGUUGCAGGAACCGCAAAACGGGACACCAGAUCUGCAAAUUUAGGAAAUGUGAAGAGCUAAAGAAAAAACCUGGCACUUCGCUAGAGAGAACACCUGUUCCCAGCGCCGAAGCAUUCCGAUGGUUCUUUUAAGCAGUAGUAUAUCUUAUUUUCAAGGCAGCCUGAAGUGAAUGGCAAGCUAAAGUCUUGUUUUAAGAAACUGCUUAGUCCACCACUGAAGAAUAUAUUCAGAUACUAUUUUCAUUUAUGUAUAGGGGUUUCCUCAAAAGUAAACAAACAACAAAUUAUGAAGUAGAGUGGUCUCCAGGUAAGAGGGGGGUGGGGAAACAGCUUUGGAGAACCAAUCAGCAAUUAAACAAAACAUCCCCCACAGAAAUGCCUGAACAUAAGAUAGUGCUGUUUUUGCUCUUGUCCCAUCAUUCUCACAGUCUGACUUCCUGUGAAAGAUGCGCCUUUUCUGUGCACCAUUGUUCACUGUCCUGGCUUUUCAUACUGUUCACAAACACAACCCACCUCCCUCCCAAAAUGACCCAGUUGCAUUAUUUGCAACUGGCCCAAGUCUUCUCUACUGCCAUGUGCUUUCCUGACAAAGAGAACACUCAAUGUAAGAGAACACUAAAGCAGCUAUUGUGAGAGCCACUCUCUUAUCAGGAGACCACCACAUCCGGGACCCUGGGGAAUUGGCCAGUUUACUCACAAUCAGUUCACCAAUUCUUUCGUUGAUGUAAUUUAGCGAUACUAGUGCAGUUGUUGUCUAUUUUUAAAGUGGCUGUAAAAAAAAGUUUGGGUAAACCCCUGCUAUAAAAUAAUGUAUCUUUACAAAGUACCAUAUCUAUACUUCAUUUUCCAAUAUAUGUGUUUCAGUACUGUAAACUGUACAGAUAGCAGCUUGUAUUUUGUGUGUUUAGGCACAAGGAGACAAUCAUGUCUGAGAGUCUAUGGAGAUUAACUGUUUGUACACAACAGUGUGGUUCUGCAAAUUGAAUCCGGAGCAAUAACUUCAAGCUUUAAAUAUGAUUUUUGCCAGUUGUCCAGUCGCAGCAGCACCGUUUUCACCAUGCAUCCUUCCGUUGCUACCCAAUGUGAAGUUGAGCAAGAGUAACGAUGAUGAGCCAUCUACCAGAUACUUUCAGACCAUACUGUUGUAUGAAAGCAAAGAAAUUAAAAUGUAAACGUUAAUCUACAUGAGCACUAUAUUAGAGUAGUGAUUACACACUUGCAUUGCUUCAGAAAGAGCUUUACAGGAUGAGUAUCCCUCCAAGCAUGCUCUGUCAAUUGCAUGACUCAUGUGAGGCUCAUGCGAUGGGGCAGCAUAUAAGUUGUUUAAAUGAAUGAAUGAAUGAAUAAAUAAAUAAAAUGACUUUGUCCUGCACCUCAAAAAUAAAAUUUCCAGCCUUGGUGAAUGGACAGAAUUCACUUUACCAUGAGUUAUGGCAGAGCUGUUUCAGGAUACAAAAUGAAAAGGAUACCAUAUAUUGGGAGGGGCAGCAAUCUACUCCAUAUAUUUAUCUUCCUUCUGGAAGUUGCUUUACAGAUCAUUCAGCAGGGGGGAAACUUUAUAAAGUAUCUAAAACUAUUUUUGAUCUAUGUGAAGCAUUUAGUUCUUAUAGUCGUUUGUAAAUUUAGACUGUCUUUGAAGUCUCUGCAGGUCAUGUGGGCCUGAAUGUCUUUAAGGUUUUCACAAAUGUU